AUGUCAACAAAGGGUGACAAAGUGCAAAUAAAUAUGGAUUAUAUUAUUCCACCUCCAGAUAAAGAAGAAGAGCUAUUGUCUAAAUUAGUAUUUGGUGAUAAUACUGACUUUCAAUCGAAUUUGGCUAAUUUUGAUUUAGAUUUCCUAUCCAAUGAUCAUGUUGAUGUUGAUGUUCAGUCAGAUGCAGGCAGUGAAGAUGAUAGUGAAGCAGAGUUGAUCAAUAAUGUGAAUGAUGAUCAACUUUUUUUUGUCGAUGAUGGUAAUGAUCGUGUUGAUAAUGGAGAUGAAGAUAAAAUGGAUGUUGAUUCAGAUGUGAAUGCUUCUUUAGAAGAUAUAUCUUCUGAAGAUGGAAAUAGUGAUGCAUGGGAAGAUUCUGAUGAUGAAAGAAUUAGAAUUGACAUUACGGCAUCUAACAAGUCUAAGAAGCUUAGAACUUCAUAUGCGCAAUCACAAAUUAACGGUAGCGAUUAUGUUCACCGUUUAAGGGCUCAAUUUGAAAGAAUAUACCCAAAGCCAAAAUGGGUUGAUGACGUUUCGGAAGAGAGUAACAGUGACAACAGCGACGCUGGGAAUUCUGAUGAUGAAUAUGAAAAGGUUAUAAAUGGUGAUAUAAACGCUUUAUCUAAAAUAUUAGAGUCCAGUUAUCAAUACAAAGAUAUUUCAAAUUCUAUACUGUUGCCUAAAGGAAAAUUAGAUAUCAUCCGUCUAAAAGAUGCAAAUGCUGCACAUCCUUCCAAAUCUGCAGUUCAAUCAUUAUCAUUUCACCCUAACAAACCGCUUCUGCUGACUGGUGGUUUUGAUAGAACAUUAAGGAUAUAUCACAUAGAUGGUAAAAAUAAUCAUUUAGUAUCCAGUUUAUACUUGAAGGAUACUCCAGUUCAAACCUGUACAUUUUAUGUUGCACCAAACAGUGGGAAUUCAAAGAAAGUAACGCAGCAAAACAUUUUCACUGGUGGUAGAAGACGCUACAUGCAUUCGUGGGACUUAUCCACUCAACUAGUCCAUAAUCAAACAGCAAAUACCUCAACUUCUAGAAUUGAAAAAAUUUCUAGAUUAUAUGGUCAUCAAGAUACUCAAAGAUCUUUUGAAAAGUUCAAGUUAGGACAUUUUUAUAAUUUUACGAGUAAUGAAACCCAUGGUAUUAUUUUAUUGCAAGGUAAUAAUGGUUGGAUUAAUAUAAUACAUGCAACUACUGGUGUCUGGUUAACUGCUUGUAAGAUUGAAGGUGUUUUGACCGAUUUCUGUAUUGAUUAUAAACCGUUAGCGGGCUCUAAAUUCCAAACCAUUUUAAUUGCAGCUAACACUUCUGGUGAAAUAUGGGAAUUCAACCUAAGUAAAAAUAAUGAAGUACAAAGAAGAUGGAAAGAUGCAGGUGGCAUGGGCAUAACUAUAAUCCAAGUUGGUGGCGGUACAAAUACUGCAAAUUUUUUCCCUGUAUCUUCAGGGAAGAUAAAGACCAAUACAUGGUUAGCCAUUGGAAGUGAGAGUGGUUAUGUAAAUAUUUAUGACAGAAGAAAUAAGUUUGAAAACAUCCAACCUGUCGCUUCUCUGGACCAAUUAACAACCACAAUUUCUUCAUUAGUAUUUUCUUCAGAUGGUCAAAUAUUGUGCAUGGCGUCAAGAGCUGUCAAAGAUGCAUUGAGAUUGGUUCAUUUACCUUCAUGUACUGUAUUUAGCAAUUGGCCAACAAGUGGUACUCCAUUUGGCAGAGUCACUAGCGUUGCAUUUUCUUCACGUAGCGAGAUGCUUGCAGUUGGUAACGAACAAGGUAAAGUGAGAUUAUGGAGACUAAACCAUUAUUGA